UGAUAAUCUGAUUCAUCUCCAUCUCCAACUGUUCAUCGCUGCCGCUCUUCUGUCGCCGUCGCCGCCUGCGCCUUUACGGUUCGCCGCCACCGUCUCUUUUCUUGUUAAAUGCUGCUCUGCGCUUUUGAUUCUGCUGCUACAUUGACUCUCUGAUGCUCUAAUUCCGCUCACGCCACGCCACGCCCGCCUUUCUGCUUCUGCUGUUCUGUGAAUUUGUGUAGAAGUGUGGGUGCCAUGGAUCCUCUCAAAUCCUUCAACUCCAACAAGCAUCUCAAAGAAGAAUUUGUGAGCAAUUUGAGUGGAUCCUCUGUUCUCGAAAUCAUUGCUCUUACGAUUACUGUCCCUAUGUUGGUCCUUAUUCGACACUCCACUUCUGCAACUGGUGCCUUCUUGAAGAAGAAGAAUGAUGAUGCAGUUUCCAAGUCUAGUAAUUUCAAAGCAUACUUAUCUACAUUGUCUUUGGAUUUUAUUAUUAUUGUUGUUCCUAUGCUGUUGUGUUUCACGGUACUUUCAAACUGGACAUAUAUAUUCACAAUUUUGUUAAUGCUCUUAACAUUCGUUUGUAUUGCAGCCAAAAGGACUGCUGCUUCAUCUAUUUCUAUCAAAGGAGAGCACAAUUCUAUUCGAGAAUAUAUUACAUCAUACAGGGUAGUUGUGAUGAUUAUAACAUUCCUGUGCAUCUUGGCUGUUGACUUCAGAAUAUUUCCAAGAAGAUAUGCAAAGACUGAAACUUAUGGAACUAGUUUGAUGGAUCUUGGAGUUGGGUCAUUUGUAUUGGCGAAUGCAUUAGUUUCUCGGCAAGCACGAAAUAUCACAUCUGUAAAUUGGAAGACUGCAAUAGUUUCAAUUAGUCCACUGAUCACGUUAGGGUUUCUUCGUCUUGUCACUACGACUGGUGUGGAUUAUCAGGUACAUGUCAGUGAAUAUGGUGUGCAUUGGAAUUUCUUCUUCACACUUGCUGCCGUGUCAAUCCUUACUUCAUUUGUUAACGUUCCGCCGCAGUAUUCUGGGAUUUUUGGUUUGCUUGUCCUAGUAGUGUACCAGUUCUGUUUGAUUCAUGGUUUGAGCGCAUACUUGCUUUCUGAUGAAAGAGGAAUGGAUAUCAUUAGUCAAAAUAAGGAGGGAAUUCAUAGUAUAUUUGGAUACUGGGGCAUGUAUCUUGUUGGUGUUCAACUGGGAAAUUAUCUUAUCUUUGGAAGCCAUUCCUCUGGAUUAAGAAGUACCAAAUGGGUUCAGAUUAGGGUCUGGAUUCUGUCCAUCGUAUUUUGGUUAUUAACUGUGUUUUUAGACAAGCAUGUGGAAAGAAUUUCGCGGAGAACGUGCAACCUGCCAUAUGUUACUAGUGUAUUGGCCGACAACCUUCAGCUAUUAUCAAUUCUAAUGCUGGGUGAUCUUAUUCCUGGAAGUAAAACUUCAGUACUAGAAGAAGCACUAAACCGAAACUUAUUGGCUACGUUUCUUCUGGCAAAUAUCCUCACAGGCUUGGUAAAUCUCUCUGUUGAUACCCUCUCUGCGUCAUCAAUUACAGCACUUUCCGUCUUGCUUGGGUAUGCCUAUAUUUUAUCCACGGUCAUUGGAACGGCAGAUUACUUCGGUGUGAAGCUAAAAUUUUGGUAAAGCAAACAUUUCUUGUGUUGUAGUCUGCUCAACUUGUGUUGCUGUUGUUGUUAUUAUUAUUAUUAUUAGCAAUGGAGGAAAUACUGUCAAACGCGUUGUCAACUGAAGAGAGUAGGAGACUUUGUUCAGUUUGUUGGCUUUGGGCUUGUCUCCUGCGGUUUUUCCUUGUGCGAAUCUUGUCUUGUGCAUGCAGCAAUCUAUUGGCCAGCGGCAAACUCUUAAAUAGAGUUUAGUACCGCGACGGAUUAGUUCUUGACCUGUCGAGUUAGGAGAUACCGUGGAAAAUCCAAAAAAAAAAAAGACAGAGAGGAUAUAUAUAUAUAUAUAACGUGUAUACCUUUUUUAUGAGUAAAUGAUUAAAUUAGUCACCAAAGAUCACUUAUUCUUCAAAUUACUCUCCGAAAGAUUUUUUUAAUCAAAUUUGUCCUUCAAAAUUUUAAGUUAGUCAUUUUAGUCCUUCCAUUGCUUUCGUUGCCAAUGGUGUCAAAAUUUGUUGAUGUGACACGUUAAGUGAUAUUACAACAUACAUCUAGUAGUCUUAAUUGGUAACAUGAUAAAUUUAUAAAAUUUGAUCAAAUCAAUUCCAAAUCGAGGAAUUCCAAUAACUUUAACUUCUUCCUUUAAUUAGAUUUUGAUUUGAUUUAAUGUCAUAAAUUUAUUAUGCUAAUAAUUAGCUAAGACUCUUAUGUGUAUGUUGUAGUAUUAUUUACUCGUGCCUCGUUAACAAAUUUGACGUGUCAACAAAGAAAAUAACAGAAGGUCUAAUUCGAUUAAUUUAAAAUCUUUCAAGAAUAAAUUUAAUUAAAAAAAAUUUUGAUGACUAAUUUUAAAACAAAUGAUCUUUCAUAAACGAAAUUGAUCAUUACUCUUUUUUUUUUUAUCACUUUAUAGUAGAGGUGUGCAUGGUCCGGUCCGAUCCAAAGAUUCGGUUAGGCCCCGAACAUUUUAGGGGCUAAUUUGGUGUGAUUUUAUUGGGUCUAGGGUCAGGUAAGGGUCUGAAAAAUAGACCCGGUCAUUAUUUCGUGUCGGGUCCGGGCCAUGGCUCGGGUCACCCGAAAUCGACCCGGUGACCCGCUCAUCAUACACAAUUAAUAUUUUGUGUUAUUAGUGAUG